AUGACUCCAUCGAGUUUAGUUUAAGAAGGCUGCAGCUGGACUCCGUCGUGUUGUCGACAGCUAGCCAUACAGCCGUCGAUAUGAGAAGCGACAGCAGUCGAAGCUGAGUGUAUGCUUGUGCUAUUCAUUCGGACACCGAUCCCAUUCCUGACUGUAGUUGUCGACGAGAAAUUCAGACGGGCGAAAGUUGGUGCACGAGGACCUGCAAUCCGGGAAAGGAAGUGCCGAGCGCUGCUGGUGGCACGGGCGGAGAGAAAUUGAACAUCCACGAGUUUAUCUGCUCGUGGAAUCAAAUCAUGGCUCCUGGAAUUCCAUCCAGACAACUCUUCAUCGGCGGCGAAUGGGUCGUUCCAGUGAGGGGUGAAAGAAUUCCUGUCAUCUGUCCAACUACAGAACUUCAAAUUGGGGACAUACCUGCUGCAACUACUGAGGAUGUGGAUAUCGCCGUCAAGGCGGCUCGUGAAGCCUUUGCACGUAACAAAGGUCAAGAUUGGUCGCGUGCUUCAGGAAAGCACCGAGCUAAGUACUUGCGAGCAAUCGCUGCCAAGGUGCUGGAGCGCAAGGAGGAGCUGGCAAGGUUUGAAUCUUUGGAUUGUGGCAAGCCAAUUGACGAAGCUAAUUGGGACAUGGAUGACGUGUCAGGUUGUUUUGAGUAUUACGCGGACCUUGCAGAGAAGCUAGACGAGAGGCAAUAUUCUCCGAUUGAACUUCCAAUGGAGCAAUUUAAAAGUAGCAUUCUGCGAGAAGCUCUGGGGGUUGUGGCUCUUAUCACACCAUGGAACUAUCCGUUAUUGAUGGCAACUUGGAAGGUUGCUGCAGCCCUUGCAGCAGGAUGCACAGCUAUCUUGAAGCCUUCAGAGAUGGCAUCUGUCACAUGUUUAGAAUUGGGAGCAAUUGCUAAAGAAGUAGGGCUUCCUCCUGGCGUUCUUAAUAUAAUCACUGGUUUGGGCACCGCUGCCGGCGCUCCUCUGUCAUCUCAUCAAGGUGUUGAUAAGGUUGCCUUUACAGGAAGCACAAACACUGGAAAAUCGAUAAUGACAGCAGCGGCGCAGAACAUAAAGCCUGUAACACUGGAACUUGGGGGAAAGAGUCCAAUCAUUAUAUUUGACGACGCAGAUGUCGAUAGUGCGGUGGAGUGGGCCAUGUUUGGGGCUUUCUGGACCAAUGGUCAAAUCUGUAGUGCUACGUCUCGCUUACUCCUACAGGAGGGUAUUGCCUCUGAAUUUUUGAGAAAAUUGGCUACUUGGGCGUCAAGUAUCAAAAUCAGCGAUCCUCUGGAGAAGGACUGCCGCCUCGGGCCUCUAGUCAGUGAUUCACAGUACAAGAAAGUCAUGAACUACAUCAAAGUAGCUCAAGAAGAAGGUGCAAAUCUUGUGUGCGGUGGAAAACGGCCUGCUAAUAUGGAGAAAGGAUACUUCGUCGAAGCUACUGUUCUAUCAGAUGUAAAACCGUCUAUGCAAAUUUGGAGGGAAGAGGUUUUUGGUCCGGUUUUGACAGUUACAACAUUCAAAACUGAGGAGGAGGCUAUUGAGCUAGCUAAUGACACAGAGUAUGGUUUAGGUGGGGCUGUCAUCUCUAAGGACGAUGAACGAUGCAAGCGCGUGUCCGAGUUAUUACAGGCAGGCAUUGUCUGGAUCAACUGUUCUCAGCCUUGCUUCUCUCAAGCUCCAUGGGGCGGUAACAAGCGAAGCGGUUUUGGCCGCGAGUUGGGAGAAUGGGGUCUAGAAAAUUAUCUCUCAGUGAAACAAAUUACACGCUACAUUUCGGAUGACAAGUGGGGAUGGUACCCUGUUCCUUCAAAAUUGUAAUGUUGCCGACAUUGAUCUAUUGACUAGUUUUAUAUGGAGAAACAGCUGAUAGGUAGUUUUUGUAAUAAAAUGAAAAUCUCUCAAUUGGGUUAAGGAUGAUUCAGAAAAUCAAUGACUAAGCACGCUGCUGCUGAGUCGACGAAUCUCUCACAUGUUGUUGUUGUGCUUUUCAAACUUUUUAAAUACAUGGAUUUUUUCUAUAUUCACAUUUUUACUGCAAUGUAAUCAUUUCAAAA